AUGGGGAUCUCGCCUAGCAGUUCAACACCAAGGGCGGCCUACUUGGCCGGACAGAUGGAUGCUGGCUUGUUAAUACCCCAGGGUUUACAUCAUCUUUACGCUGGUGGAAAGAUGUUGACUGAUUUACAAAAUCGGUAUACCAAAAGAAUCCAACGAAAACAGCACAGCAAGUAUUCGAGGACUAUUUUCAAAGUCUUGUUAAUAUCGCAAAGAUCAAAUAUUGAAGUUCAAGUUAAGAACAAAAACAAUAAGGCAUGCGAAUAUGGAAGAAUAAAAACAAGAUACACUUGUGAUUGUAAAGAAGAGGCUCAAGAAGAAGAACUUCCAAUCUUACCCCACGAACGAAGACCUAAUGCUUUUUACGAGCGACAGAUAAAUUUCCUUCGUGAAGAGUCAAAUAGUGCUGAAUGA